AUGCAACAACCGAAUAUAAUAGGCAAAGGAUUUGGGUACUUUGUACGUACACGACAAGUAAUACUCGAUUGGCUAUCUAGUCGUAUCUUUAUCCGAUGGAUAUACUGGGCAGUAGUUUCUUACGCCUUCUGGCAUCAUGUCUUCGCAAAUGGAAUGCACUUCGUUAUCGCAUACAUGUACGCAGUUUACGGUCUUAACCUGGUACUGCGGUUCAUCACACCACUGGACUUUGACGACCUCUGCGCGGCACACGAAGAAGCAAACGGUGGAACUAUACUACCCUCAAGCGAAGGCAAACCGGCAGAUAUCACUCUAGAACGGAUGCGAAAGGUCGAAAACGUAUAUGAAUUCAGGCCAUUCAUGCGCCAAAUGAACGAGUUCACAUUCUGGCUUGCUGCAGUACGAGCAUCGCACGCAGCUCUCAUAUGCUCGCGAUUCGAGUUUCUAGAUGUACCCGUAUUCUGGCCACUAUUGGUCAUAUAUUUCAUCAUGCUAUUUGCCACAACCAUGCGACAACAACUCGAAAAUAUGAUCAAGUACAAAUAUGUACCAUUCAGUUUCGGGAAAAAAUCGUACGGCAGUAUAACACGCCCAAACAAAUAA